AUGGCUAAAACGGCGAAAACCAAGUCUACGGAGUCUUCAAGAAGACAUGCGUUUUCUUCGUUUCGUGAGAGAAUUGAUUCCAUUAAGAUUGAGCCCAACUUGAAACUUACCAAACGGGUACAUGAUUAUGUGGAAACUUCUCAUUUUUUGGCUACACUCGACCACUGGAAGGAGGUAAACUUAAGUGGAAACUUCAGUGAAUUUGUUGAUAAGGUGGAAAUUUACUCACAGACUUUGCCGCAGAUCUUGCACCACCAAAGCUUCAUCUUUGAUGCCCUUUGCACCCACAUAAAAGUGAACGAUAUUAAUUCCAUUCAGCCAUUAUUAGAACUCGUAGCACAGUUUAUUCACGAUUUAGGAGAUGAUUUUUUAGUCUACUAUUCUAAGUUUCUACAAUUAUUGACGGAAAUCGCACUUGAGACCAUUCCAAAUGACAGUCAAAAUCAGCGGAACACUUCGAAUGUACUUGAGUGGACCUUUAAUUGUUUAGCAUUCGCAUUCAAAUACUUGUCCAGAAGUUUAACAUCGGAUUUACAGCCAACAUUCGAAAUUUUCUUGCCCAUUCUCCAAAUGAAAAAGAAAACUUAUAUUUCUAGAUUUUGUGCAGAGUCACUAGCAUUCCUUGUCAGAAAGCUGAAGGCAGACGCAUUGACUUCAAUUAUGAUGUUCUGCUUUUCAAAAAUAGAUUCAAUGGAAGAGUCUGAUUCAUACCCAGAGACUUUGGCUAUUUUGUUUGCGGAGUCCAUCAAACACACUAAAGGAACAUUUCAUUCGAAAACUAAUUUGAUAUUGCUGAAGAUCUUGGAAGUUUCUUUCCACAAGUUAAAUAUCCAGAAGAAGAGUAUUUCAAUACUUUCCGACAUAAUUUUGGAUUUAAUUAAUCAUGGUACUCUGGACACAUGCAAGCAAGUCUACAAGGUGACAAUGGAGUUUUUAUUAGGGGAGUUAAAAAAUGAAAAUUCUAUACCUUCUGUAUCACAACUCUUGACUGUCCUCAUUUUUGCUGAAUCUGGUAAAAAGAUUACUGACUGGAUAUCGUUCACAGAAAUAUUAAAUGCUUUGUUGGUAUAUUUGAGCAAUUGCCAAGGUUCUACAGAAAAUGAUUCACAAUUGGCUGAACUAACCUCCUAUUUGUUUGUAAUUGUUCUUAGAAACGGGGACCUUCAAGUUUUAACAAAGUUGCAUAGACAAAUUUUUAUUACAAUGUCAUCGUUUUGCGAUGGUAAAUAUUUUUUGGCUUUUGCUGAAUCUUGCGUUGAUUUGACAAGAGAAAGAGCGAAGAAUUUUGGCCUCCUACAUUUCAUUCAAAAAUAUGUAAAUCAAUUACCUGAAGAGAGCAAUGAAAUAAAGAAGGUUGCAUAUCUAUUGACCAAAUUGAGUAAGAAUCACUCUGAACUAUUACAUCAGAUAGAGCUUCCCCUACAUAUUCACAAUUACAUUCGAAAAGAUAUCAAGACACAAGCAGAUUUGAUUAGAAAUUCCAAGGUUCCCCUUGAUUUUUACUGGUUAUUGCAAUUGUCCAAAUUUGUUAAAGAAGAUGCUGACUGGAACAAUGAUUUAAUUGAUCUUUUGUUGCUCCUUACUGAGAAGUUCGACGUUUUACCUCGAAAGCUUUGUUGUGAUUUGAUUGCAGCAAUUAUCAUUUCUUUGUAUUCUUCCUCAAUUCCAAGACACGAGAAACUUGUAAAGGGAAUGAAAACAGUGUUGUCAAUGAUCCUGAAAAUUAAGGAGUCUUCGGAUUUGAUUCGUGCUUUGCAGACUUAUAUUCUACGUGAAAGAGAUCAAGCAAAGUUAUUUAUAGAGGCCGAAGAAAACUUCUUGAUGGAAAUAGCUCAGAAUUUGAGUUUGCCCAGUAGUCAAUUACGUUGCAUUUCAGCAGAAUUUCUUUUAACAGUUCUUGAUACAUUGGGUCAUGAAAAUACUUCGUAUGUAUCGCAGAUUAGGAUUAUUGAGCAAAUUCCAUUAUCAAUUACUACGGGUAGGGAUAUCACAUUACGAAUUAGGAACUUAGCAUCCGAUUUUAAGAAUGAUCAAUCUCCCAGUGAAUUUGAUUGUGUUGUUGUUACAAAUUUCCUUUUCGGGAUGUUGAGCAACAGAUUUCAACCUUGUUGGGAUGCAGUUUAUGAAACUUUACCUUCGUAUGUGCCAAUUUGUUCGUCUAUACUUUGGGAUAUGGCCAGUAAAUUUAUUCUUACACUGUAUUCUUCGACUGAAGAUACUUACAUGGAUUUGGGUUACUCUCCACUUGAAGACAACGAAAUUGUCGAUUGGCAUGCUAGGAACCCUCGGUUGAGAGAUAAUUUUGUUAACUACCAUGAGAAGUACUUUCUCUCGUACCAGAAUAUCACAGAAUCAUUGUACGAAUUUGCCAAAGAAUCAUGGGCAGACAAUUCGUACAAUGAGUUCAUGAGAUCUCAUACUUUGAAAGCUCUCUCUUCCAUUCCUUCAAUCGCAGAGGCUCAUUCACAAAGUUUAGUUGACUUGGUUUUAAGUCUCGAAGAUAUCGACAAUGAAGAUGAUCCCUUAGCUAAGAAAGAAAGGUGGCAAUGGAAAGAUCGUAAUGACCUUCUUGCCUUGUUCGGUAAAUUCAAAAAUUUGAAAAAGGUUCACAAAGCAGACAUUUUGUAUGAUUACUUUUUGAGGCUCCUAUGUAGUAAUCAGUUACAGGUCCAAAAGAUGGCCCUAGAAGUCUUGCUUCAUUGGGGAAAGGGCCCAAUUAGAAAAUACAGGGACAACCUUCAAAAUUUGCUAGAUGAUAAUAUUUUCCGCGACGAGCUUUCAAAUCUUGCUGUCGGCUCGCAGUCUACAAUCGAGGACCACGAAAGAGAGGCAAUAAUGCCGUUUGUCUUGAGAAUUCUCUUCGGACGUGUCCAGGGGUCUCCAAGAAGCAAUAGCCAAGUCGGACGGAAAUUUGCUAUUGUAACAAUUCUUCCUAACUUUUCCGAUACUCACAUCAUUGAUUUUAUACGAUUGGGAGCUAAUAGAAUAGGAUAUGAAAAAUUUUUCAGUGGGAAGCAGUUACCGAAUUUAGAUAGAUUUCUUGUUAGAAGAUUAACAGGUUUCAUAAAUCUUUUGAGCGAAAUCUACGAUACUUUGGGAACAAAGUAUGCGUUUGCGUUAGAAUCUACCAUAGAGCCAUUGAUUUAUUCAUUGGUAGUCACCCAACAUUAUAUUGAUACAGGCAUUAAUGAAGUGAAUGAAAGGGCUGCUGGUUUAGGAAAGGCUAUAAGAAAUAUUCGACUGAAUGCCAUGCGAUGCUUGGGUAGCUUAUUCAAGAUUUUGGAUGAAGAAUUUGAUUGGGAACCAUAUGUUGUGAUGAUUUAUGAGAAUAUCGUGUCCCCAAGAAUAGAGAAUUUUGUCUCCGAAAAUUUGCAGCAGACAUCCUCGUUGUUGAAAGUCAUCACCUGUUGGAUUGAAAAGAAGAAUACUAUUCAAUUGUUACUUACGGAUAACUUGGCCCCAGCCUCAGCGGCUAUUUCAUUGCUUAGUCAUGAAAAAACAAAGGAAGGUGUAUUGCUAACUGUACUUGACUUCGCAAGAAAAGUCUUGAAACAAAAAGGUGUUCAAACAGAUGAAUACUUUUCCUUGCUUGCACUUGUGGUGUCUACUUUGUUAGACAAUUUGCCUCGCAUAAUCGACGGAAUCACAGACCGUGAACUUGGAAGCAUUACGAUUGAUGUGUUGAUACUUUUGGUGGAAGGCAACUAUAUUGACGAUUACCAGACGAAAAAUUCCAUAUUGCAAUCAUUAACUAGUGCAAUAGAUAAGCCAAGAAGUCAAAUAGAGCUUAAGGACAAGGUUCUUAUAUUGAGAGUCUUGUCGUCUUUAGUUGACAAUUUCGAGUGCUCCUUCGACAAUAUCAAGCCAUUGUAUGAAACUGUUUCCAAACUGUUCAGAGUAUAUCCCGAGAAAAACGUUCGUCAAAUGCUUGUCUCCGUGUUAUUGAGCAUUGGGAAUAGGUUUUCAGAAGUACACGCAAUAUCAUUGCUUAUUGCAGACUUGAAUGCUUUCUCAACAACUAGAUUACAGGAACUAGAUUUUGAAAAGAGACUUGAGGCCUUUAGGAAAAUCAAUGAAGAAGAGUUUUGUUCUUUUGAUCCUAAUUCAUGGUUACCAAUAUUGUAUUGUUGUUUAUUCUUCAUUAACGAUCAGAAUGAAAUGGCUAUCAGAAGUAAUGCUUCCUAUUCUUUAAGGCGGUUUAUUGAUUGUUUUUCUUCCAAGGAUGAAGAGACAUCACAAAAUUACAUUGGGAUGCUAAAGAACAUAAUCCUUCCACAAUUAAGACUCGGGCUCCGUAAAGAUAACGAAGAUGUUCAAAAUGAAUACAUUGCUGUCUUGGAACAUCUUGUCUGUUCAUCGAAACAUUACAACGAACUUGAUGAUAUGAGGAUUCUUACUUUUUCUGAUGAUGACGAAUCUAACUUUUUCAAAAAUGUUAAUCACAUACAACUCCAUAGAAGACAAAGAGCAAUCAGGAGAUUGAUAGACUAUAGAAGUGAACUAUCUUCAAACAGUAUUGCUCACUAUAUUUUGCCAAUUGUUGAACGUUAUGCAUUGUCAUCGGAAGAAAAGUUCAAAAAUAUUGGGCAUGAAGCAUUUGAAACUAUUAGUAUCUUAGUAAGGUCAAUCUCAUGGAAUCAGUACAAGGCGUUGUUCAGAAGGUAUAUUUCAAAUUUGAAAUCAAACAAAGAGGAUUUAUUAAGAAAUCAUGUGCAUUUGAUAAUUUCUAUUUCUAAAAGUUUAAUGUUGUCUCAUUUGGAAAGUCAAGAAUCAGAGAUUCUGGAUCGUGGGCACCCUUCGGAUCAAGAAGCCAUAGACGCAUACAUUCUUCAAGAAGUAUUUCCACCUAUUUCAAAAGUUUUGGUUGUACGUAAUGAUGAAACCAUUGUCGCUCGUGCUCCUUUGGCAGAAGCUCUUUCCUACUUAGUUACUUGCAUCACAGAAGAGAGAAUUGCGUCUGAGUUACCAGGAAUUUUGACAAGUACUUGUCAAGUUAUGCGUUCUCGUUCCGAGGAGCUUAGAGACGCGGUCAGGAAAUCUCUUGGAAAUAUAGUGAAACUCUUGGGACCAAAAUACCUUCGAUUUGUAUUGAAAGAGUUGAAGGGAGCGCUAUCUAGAGGGUCUCAAAUUCAUGUGUUGAGUUUUACAACACAUUAUCUAUUGGCAUCAAUCUCUGAUAGUCUAUCUCAUGGAGACUUGGAUGACACAUUGGAUAUUGUGGUUGACAUUGUUAUGGAAGACAUAUUUGGAGCGGCUGGCCAAGAAAAGGAUGCUGAAGGUUAUAACAGCAAAAUGAAAGAAGUAAAGCAUAAAAAAUGUUUUGACGUUGCCGAAUUAUUGUCGGCAAAUAUUAAUUUGAAAUCAUUUGGAACCUUAUUAGCCCCAAUUAAACUUUUGCUUCAAGAAGGCAUAUCCUUGAAAACUCAGAACAAGCUUGAUGAAUUGUUAAGGAGGUAUGCUCUUGGUUUGAAUCACAAUGACGAAUCAUCAAAUAGGGAAAUGCUCUUCUUAUGUCACGAAAUUCAUCUGGAAUCAGAAAAUAGUCCAAAUCAAAAGGAAGGAAAAUUUCUCACUCAAUCUGAAAAACAUUUCAUUGUAAAUUUGAAUGCUAAGAAAACACGGGCUCAGGUAAAUAGCACAAUUUAUGUGCAAACAUUUCAGAGAUUUUCAUUGGAAUUGCUCAGAACAGCUAUUUCUCGUCAUGAUAACCACUUGACUGUUCCAAAUAUGGUUGCUUUUAUUCCUUUGUUGGAACAGGAUCUCAAAUCAGAGAGCGAGGGAGUUGUAAUCUCAUGCUUGAGGAUAUUGAACACGGUAGUAAGACUUCCAUUCAAUAAUCAGGAGGAAGCUAUAUUUACAGCGUCUACAAGAAAAGCACUUGCUAUCAUUAAGGAAAACCCAAGCACUAAUGCAGAAAUCUGCCAAGCUGCUCUAAGAUUUCUUGCAACUACAAUUAGACACAAGCCGGAUAUCAAAAUAAAAGAAUCUGCCAUUGCCUACACACUCGAAAGAAUUCUUCCAGAUUUGCAAGAGCCAAAUAAACAGGGUUUGGCGUUCAAUUUUUUGAAAGCUGUUGUUUCUCAGCAUAUUAUGAUUCCAGAACUUUACGAUGUAAUGGAUAAAGUGUCCAAGAUAAUGAUUGUAAACCACUCUAAAGAUAUUAGAGAUAUGUCAAGAAGCGUAUAUUUUAUGUUUUUGAUGGAAUAUGAUCAAGGAAGGGGAAGACUUGAAAGGCAAUUCAAAUUCUUAGUGGACAACUUAUCGUUUCCAACUGAGACUGGUCGACAAUCCGUUAUGGAAUUAAUUCACUCGAUUGUCACCAAGGCUGGACUAGAAUUGUUAGAUAAAUUAGCAACAUCCUUCUUUGUUGCCUUAGCAAAUGUAUUAGUAUCUGACGAAGAACCCAAAUGCCGUGAAAUGGCAUCUUCGUUGAUUGGAAAUAUAAUUAGAAAAUUGGGAGCAGGAAAUGUUGACAAUAUUGAGAAAUAUUGCUUAGCAUGGUCGAAGCAAUCGCAGAAUCAAUUAUUGAAACGUUGUGGACUUAACAUCUACAAGAUUUAUGUUGCCGAAUUUGGGGUCGAAUCUAAUCAAGUCUUAAAGCAAACAGCACUUGAUAGCAUCAAAUUCGCAAUUGAAGCAGGGAAUAGCAGCGACGGUGCUGUUGAGUGGGAAUUAUUGUAUUCUGCAUUAAGUUUGUUUUCUACCCUUACUUCAAAGUUGAGGGAGUCUAUAUUGGAUGAAGAAUAUGAGUCGAUCUGGAACUCAAUCAUAAGGGUAUUGCUAUUCCCUCAUUCAUGGGUGAGAUUGAUAUCUUCGCGUAUUAUUGAGAUUUUAUUAUCAGGACUUGACACAGUAAAGUUUGAAAUUGACAAUUACAAAAUCCAAACCAUCGCAUACAGGCAACUACAUCAACUUGCAGCUCCUCAAGUUUCAGAAGAUUUAGGAAACCAAAUUGUUAAGAAUUUGGUUUUGAUAUCAAUGAAGUGGGAAAAGGAAAACACGAAGUAUGAACACGUACAAACAAACAACACCGCUGACCAAAAGUACGAUUAUGCUAAUGACUAUCUUGUUGCAAGGAUAUGCUCAAUUUUGCGCCUGGACAUCAAUUCCAAUGUAUCGUUUGAAUCAAGGAAAAGUGCAAUAAAAUUGAGUGCAAUGUUAUUGCAAAUUACGGGUGAAGAUAGAUUGAGCCUGGUUUCGGAAAGUUUAUUGCUUGGACUCUUCCAAUAUACUGAACUCGAACCAAAGAAUGGUAACGAGGAAUCAUUAGUCACACUUUCAUUGGAAUGCUUGCAAUUGAUUGAAAACAAACUUGGUGUCACCCAAUAUACUACAAUUUUCACGAAAGUCAAACAGAAGGUCAAUUCAAGAAGAGUGGAAAGGAAAACGAAGAGAGCACAAUUGGCAGUGAAUGCCCCCGAUGUUGCAGCAAGACGAAAGUUGAGGAAGCACGAAAGAACAAGGGAGAAGAGAAAGCACGAAAAAGAUGAAAACGGAUUUUAUCACAGUAAGAGAAGAAAAUAAUCUACCAUUUAUAUGAUUAUUCAAAUUUUAAAUUUAUAGACGUUUAGUUAGGAAUUAAAUGAAAUAGAACUCACU